AUGUCUGAAUACAACGUCCGCCGGAUCGGCCAGCCAAACUCCCUUGAGUAUCGCGCGUACAUCGAGAAGGAUGGCGUCCCAGUCUCCCCUUUCCAUGAUAUUCCUCUUUAUGCCAACGAACAGAAGACGAUCCUGAACAUGAUUGUUGAGAUCCCACGCUGGACAAACGCGAAACUCGAGAUCUCCAAGGAGGAAUUUCUUAACCCUAUCAAGCAGGACAUCAAGAAAGGCAAGUUGCGAUUUGUGCGCAACUGCUUCCCACACAAAGGUUAUCUCUGGAACUAUGGUGCAUUCCCGCGCACCUGGGAAGACCCCAAUGUUAUUCACCCUGAGACCAAAGCUAAGGGUGACAACGAUCCUCUUGAUGUCUGCGAAAUUGGCGAACUUGUUGGCUACACUGGCCAGAUCAAACAGGUCAAGGUUUUGGGUGUGAUGGCCCUCCUUGACGAGGAAGAGACUGACUGGAAGAUCAUCGUCAUUGACGUGAAUGACCCUCUCGCCAGCAAGCUCCACGAUGUUGAGGAUGUUGAGCGUCACCUCCCUGGCCUUCUUCGAGCUACCAACGAAUGGUUCCGUAUCUACAAGAUCCCGGAUGGCAAGCCUGAGAACCAGUUUGCUUUCUCUGGCGAAUGCAAGAACAAGAAAUACGCGAUGGAAAUUGUCCAUGAAUGCGCCGAUGCUUGGGAGAGACUUAUGUCUGGCAAGUCGCCUCGUGGUGAAAUGUCCCUCGCCAACGCCACCGUCGAAAGCUCCGCGGACCGCGUUGACUCGAGCAAGCUUGGCUCCAUCCCAGCUGGUCAAAAUCUUUCCCCUGCUCCAAUUGACGGCAGUGUUGACAAGUGGUUCUUUAUCUCUGGUGCUGCUGUCUAA